UCCGUCUUUCGAUGUCAGUAGCGUGUCCCCUCUCUCUUUUAUUGCUGACAUAUUUUCGUUAUGUAAUUUAGUCAUUACCUUGUAUUAUCUGAUUAUAAUAUUAUAAGACUGAUAUUUUUGUACGUGGGGUAAUGAUGUCGGCACUACUAGGUCUAGCCUUGUUGUGUGUGGUACUGGGUGACACGUCAGCGAUGGUACAAGUGAGAGUGUCUGACGGUGUGCUAGAGGGUGAGCUUGAGCACAAUGAGUACGGUGGUAGCUAUUUCAGCUUCAAGGGAAUCCCGUACGCACAGCCCCCGCUCGGAGAUUUGAGGUUUAAGGCUCCCCAACCACCAGAGCCAUGGGAUGGGGUCCGCAGCGCCAAAGAAUUCGGACCGGGCUGCUUUCAGUACGAUUUGUUCGUGGACAAAGGACAUGUGUCAGGAAGUGAAGAUUGCUUGUAUUUAAAUGUGUACAGACCUAACGUCACACAUGAAAAUCCUCUUCCAGUAAUGGUGUGGAUCCAUGGAGGAGGUCUAGUGUCUGGUGCCGGCGACGAUUACGAAUACGGUCCGAAGUUCUUAGUUAGACAAGAUGUAAUCCUUGUCACUCUCAAUUACCGACUUGAAGUACUCGGUUUUCUGUGCUUAGACACUGAAGAUGUGCCUGGAAAUGCUGGCAUGAAGGAUCAGGUAGCAGCCCUCAGGUGGGUGAAUAAAAAUAUCGCCAGCUUCGGUGGAGACCCAGACAAUAUAACUAUAUUCGGUGAGAGUGCUGGUGGUGUCAGCGUCACAUACCACUUGAUGUCACCAAUGUCCAAGGGACUAUUCCGGAGAGCAAUAGCUCAGAGUGGUGUCAGUGUCUCGUACUGGGCUCAAUCAUACAAACCUCGUGAAAGAGGCUUUGCGUUAGCAAGGAAAUUAGGAUUCUAUUCUGAUGAUGUUAAAGAAGUUUACGAAUUUCUAAAACAACAACCUUUGGAGAAUUUAAUAAAAGUCAAAGUUCCAAUAACUUAUUCCGAAAAAGUACGAACAAAUAAUGAGGUAUUCUUUAGUGUGGUUGAGGAAAAACAGUUUGGGAACAACGAGCGAUUCUUCUACGGAGACAUGAUCGAUGCAGUGUCGAACGGUAUUCACGAAGGAGUUGACAUUAUGACAGGAUACACAGCGGAUGAAGGGAUAAUGAGCGUAGCUGUCUUUGGUGACUACAAAGAAAGUUUAGAACAAGCCAAACACUUCCCACAAUUUUUCGUGUCAUAUCCAAUGUCACUCACAUUGUCCACUAAUGACCAAUUGGAGCUUGGCAACAGAUUGAAGGAGUACUAUUUCAAAGAACAAAUUCAGAUACCAGACCACUGGGAGAAUUUAAAAGACUUUUAUUCAAUGGAUGUAUUCGUAUUUCCCACCAUGAGGUGGAUUAAGCUGAGCGCCCGUUCCAAGAAGAACAAGAUAUAUUUGUACAAGUUCACUUGUCACACAGAACUAAAUAGGGCUUCUGAGCUGAUGGGAGUAGGCCAUCUUGUUGGAGAUAAACCAAUGGUGGCUCAUUCCGAUGAUUUAACGUAUUUGUUUAGUGCCAGAGAAGAGCCUAUACUGGACAUGAAUUCUGAAGAAUUCAAACAGGUUGAGGUAGUGACUAAACUUUGGACUAAUUUUGCUAAAUAUGGCAACCCUACUCCAGAUGACUCCUUCGGCGUAGUAUGGACUCCAUACACCUUAGAGAACCAGGAUUAUUUGGACAUCGGCAAUGAAUUGAAAACUGGACAGGCACCGGACGAUGAAGAAAUCAAAUUUUGGGAAAAUCUUUUAACAGAAUUUGGACAAGAAUUGUAUUAAAGAUUUAUACUUGAAAUGAUAAUAAAUGGUAAUAAAGUAA